CCCCCUCCACCACCACCACCGCGACAGCGAGAGGAAGAUGAGGAAGAAGAAGAUGCCGAAUUCGAAGCAGAAGGAGCUGCACAAGAAGAUGCUGAAGUCGAAGCAGAAACAACUGCACAAGGAGCAGCUCUAGGUCGGAAAAAUCCAAGGUAUAGAUUUCAGACAUUAUAUUAUUUAUUUUGCUUGGAUUGUUUCUUUGAUAUAUCUGGAUAUUGGUUUUGGCAAGCAUGAUAUCAGUUAUAACUUGCCUGGAUAGUUGUUUGAUAUAUGUGGAUAUUUGUUUGACGUGUCGGGAUAUUUGUUUGAUUUAUCUGAAUAUUUGUUUGACAUAUCUGGAUAUUUGUUUGAUUUAUCUGGAUAUUUGUUUGACCAAUCUAGAUAUUUGUUUGAUAUAUCUGUAUAUUUGUUUGUGCAUGGAUUUAUCAAUGGCAAGAAAUAAAAGGACAGCGAAGAGAGCGCGACGGAAUCCACCGCCAUUGCGAGAGGAGGAUGAGGAAGAAGAUGCUGAAGUUGCUGCACAAGGAGCUGCACAAAGAAAUAAUAUUCUAGGACAAGGCAAGUCGUGGUACAGAUUUCGGUGUCAUACAAAAUCUCUGCUAGAUGUUAUUAAUUACUGGAAGGAAGAGCCAAGGUACUAUGAAGCAUGCAAGAAAGAGUUGGAGAAGGCUGGAUUUGGAGGGUUAUUAGAGCUUCGAUUGGCAAAUUUUCCUAAGAAGUUGUUCGAUACCUUGAUGGCACAGUACGACUUAGUCACCAGUUCAUUCAUUUUCGGUGAAGGGGAGAACAAGAAGGUGCUUACAAUCGAAACCGAGGAUGUUGCCCGUGUUUACGGCCUUCCUAUUGGUGGAGCUGAGAUUGAUGUCGUUAGGUCUAACGACAAGAUGCUUGAUAUGUUCAUGGAGGAGCUCAAUAUCGAGUGUAAUCGAAGUCGAAAUGUCGAAGUCAUGCAUCUUAGAGAGGCAGCCUUUGGUGGUCAAGAUGACGCACCGAAAAGGAGACACCUGUUGCAGCCGCAGUGAAGCAGUUUUUGUUGCUGGCUAUGGGUUCGAUGCUCGUCCCAAAGAUGUCACGACUUUGUGAUCUCGAUUAUGCUGAGUACCUUGUUGGAAGGGUGGAAGACAUUGCCACUUUUAAUUGGAGUGGUUUUGUUGCCCGCAAUCUGAAGUUUGAGUUGUCUCGUGAUAAGGAAAACUAAGCUGAACCUAGGGCUAAUGGUAGACAGCAAUGGCCUCUCGGAGAUAUCCACUUCUUAAUGGUAACUUCUCCUUUAACAUUGUUGAUAUUGUUUAUUUGAUGUGCUUAGGAUAUUAGUUCUUUUCAUUUCUGAUAUCUAUUUUCUAUGCCUUUGAUAUUAGUAUCGCUGCUUAGGAUAUUAGUUCUUUUUAUUUCUGAUAUCUUAUUUCUAUGCCUUUGAUAUUAGUAUCGCCGCUUAGUAUAUUAGUUAUUUUCAUUCGUGAUAUCUGUGUUUGUUUGCUUGUGAUAUUAGUAUCACUGCUUAGGAUAUUAGUUAUUUUCAUUCGUGAUAUCUGUUUUGUUUGCUUGUGAUAUUAAUAACCAUGCAUAGGAUAUUAGCUCUUUUCAUUCGUGAUAUUUGUUUUGUGUGCUUGUGAUAUUAAUAACCGUGCAUGGGAUAACCAUUUCUGUAAUAUAACUAAAAACAUCAC